AAAGAACAACUUUCGAGCACUUGUCUUGGAUUUUUCGACCUGAUCUUGUGUGUUGGAGCGUUUAAACUUCUAAAAAUGAAAUUGUACGUGUUGUUGAUGGUUGCCCUCGUAGGCACGGUGUUUUGUGAGGACGAAAUUACCGAAGAAGAGAAUGUUCUGGUGUUAACGAAGGACAACUUUGAAGGCGCUUUAGCCAAACACAAUCACAUUUUAGUUGAAUUUUGUAAGUUUGAUGUUAUGACUUGCAUGAUUUGGAAAUGUUUUGACUCGUUUCUGACACGGUAUGUCGUUUUGUUUCUCCAGAUGCUCCGUGGUGCGGCCACUGCAAAGCACUUGCUCCCGAAUAUGCCUCAGCAGCUGGAACGCUAAAGGAGCAGGGUUCAGAAAUCAAAUUGGGGAAGGUCGAUGCCACCAUCCACACAGAACUAGCUACAAAAUUCGGAGUACAAGGAUACCCGACCAUUAAAUUCUUUAAAGGCGGCAAACCCGUUGAAUACGGAGGUAUGUUUUGUAGAGUAAGAGAUUUAAAAUCAUCUGAGAUGCCGUGAUUUGGCAUUUUAACAGACACACGUGCAAGCAUUGAACUUGAGUUUUUUUACACCAUCAGUGCAAAAUCAAGUAUGUUUUUAUAGAGUAACUUUGGUAGGAUAUGUUGAAAUAGCUGUUAUUUCAAGGGAUUUUUAUUUCAAACGAUCGUAUUAAUUAUAUAAAUUGCACGCAAAUUAAUCUAGUUCAAAGUCAACACGUCUAUGAUUUAUAUUUUGAAUACGACAAUGAUUGGCUUGCGUAAACUGUAAUUCUACGAACGAAAUGUCUUUAUGUUUACGGAAUUUCCAUAGGUAUUGGAUGAAAACAGCCUGCAACAGGCUAAAUUAUAGCAGACUUUAAUGCAACGUAAUCGUAUGUAUGCUUGAGGAAGUUGAUGCAUCGUAAAACAUAUUUACUAUGGUAUGACACGUAAGCUUUUAGUUAAUGAUAUGCAAGAAUCUUGCUGGUGAUUUAAUUAUCCAAAUUGAUUGAUUGCAAAGAAAGAUAGUUACAAUGCAUUUAUCUUAGACGUAAAGAACAAAGGCUGAAAUUCGUUCUGAGCACUAAUAUUUAUUGCACAUAAUAUUCUGAAGAUUUGUUUUGUUUUUGGUGGAAUACUCAAACACAACAUGUUAGUCCCAGACUGGAAAGUUUGCAAAUUGCGCAACCGAGAUCAAAAUUUUCCGGAUUUUUGCGCAUCUAGUUUUCGGAUCUGCGUGUCUGGUAUCUGAAUUAGUGCUUGCAGUUUUAAAUAUAAUUCAUAGUUUUUAGUUAUCACCAAACGUGACAAAGUAAAAUUGUUUAUUACAGCUGUUCAUGUUCUAUGAUUAUAGUUUAUUUGCUCACAAAAUUUAAUUUUUAAGAAUGAUCACAUUCACAUGCACCACCAUACGGAAUGCUUCCCAGAGCCUUUUUUAAGAAUUUGUCUGUGGGGCGACAGCAAUCUACAAAGAGGGACCACACUAUUGUAUGUAAUAGUAAGUGGGGUCUGGGGGAUUUCCAUCCAGAAAAUUUUUGUGUUUCUCCACCCCUAGGACUGCAUUUCGUGCAUUUUGUGAACAGAUUUUUAGAUGCACAGUGUUACAUUAUACUGUAGAUAUAUUCUUAUAGAAUCUUCAGUUAAUUACUUCCUUGGAUGUUUAUAAAAUGUGAAUACCACAACUCCGUCACUAACUUGUUUUGCCAAUUAGUCUAACCUUCCAACAACUCAAAUCUAUUGGGUCUGGGAUAUGCUAUCCAAUGAGGUGCGGGUUUAAAAUCUAAUGUAUUCAGGACACAAUGUUUAGCAUUUUUAAAUACAUUGAUCGGACCAUCUGACAUUUGCCACUUACAUUUGGCAUAGCCUAGUGCCCAGGCUCUUUAGACUUUAGUUUGCAACCCUAGCGUUCAAAUGACGUAAUUUCACCAUCGUUAAAAUUUUUGUCCGACCGUAAACACGCUUGUCCGAUGGAUCCGAUCGAUCGGACCAUCUGACAUUUGCCACUUCAAUUGUGACAUAGCCUCCUGCCCAGGCUCUUUACUUUCGGCAACCUAGAUUUGAAAAUAAUGUCAUUUCACCAUCGGUAAAAUCUUUGUCCGACCGUAAACAGCUUGUCCGAUGGAUCCGAUAGAUUGUAACCUGAGUAUCAGGCCGUAUUUUUUAGGGCACAGGCACGCCUGAUCUCGGGCGAAGGGGAGAAAAGUACGGCCUGACACAAAAGUGGCAUUUUGCCUGGUUAUUCAGUCCAGAAUCUGGAUUGAGCGCUGAUUGGCCGAUUAGACAAACGAUUUUUAAAAUCUGUCAUUUGAUUGGCUGGUGCUAAUUAGAUUAUACUAUUGUUGUUGAUAUAUUUUAUAACGAUCACAACUACAAUUAUAGCCGGCCCACUAAACGGCUGAAUUUAAAUUAAAACUGCAGUAAAAUUAGAAAAUAAUCGCAAAUUAGCGAAAUAUAUUGCAAAUGUAGCUUAUAUUAAAAGACUUUUCUGAAUUUUCAAAUUGAAAUUUUUUCUACCCAACUCUCGAACAUCAGUGGGAAUACUAUUCCAAAUUUUAACACCUGAUUUUACAAAGGAUGUGAUAGUUGUAGUUAGUUUUGAGUAUUCAACAUAAAAAUUAUGGGAUACACAAUGUCUAGUGUUAUAAGUAUGGACUUCUUUUGAUUGGAUAAAACAAUCGGAGAUUGAAGAUGGACAAGAGCUAUUUGAGACGUCAUACAUUAAAUUGCAAAUUGUUUUAAUGUAAAGCAUAUUUAAAGGAAGUAUAUUGGAAUGAAUAAAAAGUGGGAUAGCAUGUUCCUUGUUUGUUUUAAAAUUCAUUAGACGUAAUGCUCGUUUUUGGAGAAUAAGUAUCUUAUUCAAAUAUUUUUUUGCCGCUUGACCCCAAACGGCUAUACCAUAUGUUAUAUAAGGUAAGAUUAAACAUCGAUAAAUGUUUUGUAAGGUAGACAGAGGUACAAAAUAUCUAAGCCUUGUAAUUAUACCAAUUGUUUUGCUUAUUUUGGAUGCAAUAUUGUCAAUGUGGUAUUUCCAUGUGAGAUUACCAUCCACUAUAACACCUAAAUAUUUUAUAAAUUCUUUACAUUCAAUAUUAAUCAAGUUAUUGGAAUGAUUGUCAAACAUUUUUAGUUCAACUUGAUAGUCGAGCUUUUUUUGGUGAGAAUGAAAGAUAACAUAGUUGGAUUUCUUUAAGUUGAGGGUUAACUUAUUUGUGUUUAGCCAUUCACAAACUCCUAUCAAUUCUCUAUUGAUGAUCGUUUCUAGAGAUUUUAAUUUUUUAUCGGAGUAUACCAAAUUCGUAUCAUCAGCAAACAAGUAAGAUUUAAAUACCUCAGAUGAUUUGUGAAUAUCAUUUAUGUAAAUUAAGAAGAGUAAAGGCCCAAGGACUGAACCUUGUGGAACACCCAAGUUAACUGUAUGUUUUGAUGAUAUGUAACCACCAAUUUGGGUUGUCUGUAUUCUGUCAGUUAGGUAAGAUCUAAACCAGUUGUUGAUCACUCCACGGUAGUGAUGGGCGAUACCACCAGUAUCGGUUUCGAUACGAUACAGAUUACUUUUUGGUUAAAGUAUCGAGGUAUCGAUUACCCAAACGAUUACUUCCUCCAAUUUUCAAAAUAAUAAAUGUAAGUCACUUAAUAAAGAGCCGACUGUUAAAGAAGUAGCCUUCUACUGUAACAGUAACGAUAUAUUUUCAGAAAGUUACAUCUUUUUAACAGUAACGAUUUGAUCCGCCAUUUUAAUCCAUAAAAAAAACAAAAAUUACUUUAUUUCCCGCCUUUUUCAUAAUUUAUUCUAUCGGCGAGGAUAGAAUGUCAAAUAUUUUAUAAAGGAAGUUUGAUUAAAUUGAUAAAUGCAGCAAAAUACAAAAACGUACAUAAAUUUUAUUAGAAAUAGCCAUGAAAACGAUGACACAACUACAGGAUUAUAAUGAAUGUCUAAUUUUAAAAGUAAUCAAAACACUUUUUCGAUACCGUGCAGUAUCGACUACUUCCUGUUUGGGCCUGGUAUCGGGUGGUAUCGAUACCAAGUAAUCGGUAAUCGCCCAUCACUACUCCACGGAUUCCAUAAUGAUGUAAUUUAUGUAAAAGUAUAGAAUGAUCAACGGUAUCAAAGGCUUUUUUUAGAUCUAUAAAUAUGCCACACGAAAAUAGACCCUAGUCCAGAUUGUUAUGAAUAUUAUUUAUAAUAAUAAUGGCAUGCUGUGUUGAGUGUUUAGCUCGGAAGCCAUAUUGCUUAUCAUAUAAAAUUUUGUUUUUAUCGAAAAACGUUUUGAGACGUUUAGACAUUAAUUUUUCAAAAAUUUGAUUCAAAUUUGAAAGCAAUGAGAUUGGUCUAUAGUUUCCCGGAUCAGUUUCAUCAUCAUCUUUAAAUAUAGGAAUAACUUUAGCAUGUUUAAAUUUUGAAGGAAACACUCCCUUUUCGAUAGAUAUAUUCAUUAUUUCUGAUAGUGGCCAAGAUAUUUGGUGUUUUAUAUACUUUAGAAUUCGUAUAGGACAAGAGUACAGUCCAUAAGCUUUCGCACAAGACAUAGAACUUAUUUCACAUUCUACUUCGUGUGGAGAAAUGGGGUCAAAGAAGAAAGAACCAGAAUAAUUAGUGGUAUCGAGAUAUUGGCUAAAAUGUUUUGAGGGAUUGGGUAAUUUAGAAGCUAGAUUAAUUCCUAUGGUUGAAAAAUGUUUAUUGAGGAUAUUGGGAAUAUCUCUAGGAUUUCUAUUAAUUUCAUUUCUGGUUGGACAUUUGAUUGUCGUAAUCAUUUUGUGAUUAUUCCUCUUGCGAUUGAUCAGACUAUUUAUGCCCUCCCAGGUUUUUUUCAUGUUUUUUAUGUUGUUAUUGAAAUAUUGGUUAUAAUAUAAAUUUUUACUAAUUCGUGUUAGGGUUGUUAUCUUAUUUCGGUAUAGUUUAUAUUUAUUUUUAUUUGUGGAGUGAAAUAGUUUGUUUUUUAUUUUAAUUGAUCUCCUGAUUCCUUUUGUUAUCCAUGGCUUAGAGAACUGUUUUUUCAUACGAUUUGAGACUGGUUUUAAGGGAGCGUGUUUGUUGAUUACAUUGUUGAGUUUAUCGUAAAAGGUAAUAAAAAGUUUAUCAAUAUUGUCUUUUUUAUUUGCGAUGAUAGUACACCAGUUAAUUCGUGAUAUGUCGUCAUUGAAUUUUGACUCCGAAAAUUUAGAGUAAUCACGAAUUUUGGCAUUAGUUUGGUAUUGAUAAUUUAUGUAUUUAUCAGAUUGUAUGAUACAAAAUUGCGAAAAGUGAUCACUUAUGUCAGAAACAAUAUUCCCACUUAGAAUUGGGUUUUCAAUUUUAUUGACAAAAAUAUUGUCAAUUAGAGUCGCAGAUUGAUUGUAGACUCUUGUAGGUUUAUCAAUGGUAGGUGUUAAAGCAUAGCUUUGGAGAGUAAGUAAGAAGUUUUGAGUAUAUUGACAAGUUUGAGCAUUGAGGAGAUUUAUGUUGAAAUCGCCCAUUACGUAAAUAGCCUUAUUUGGCCCAAAAGAUCUGGAGUUAAAUUUGUCAAGAGUGUCCUCAAAAUAAGUUUGAAAUCUCUCCGGUGAAUUAUGCUGUCUAUAUACUACACCACAUAUGAUGCUAGUUUUAUUUGUAAAGUGUAUUUCAACCCAAAGUGCUUGAAAAGCUGAAUUGGAACAUUUUUCAAGGACUGUAUAAGAUAAAUCAUUUCUGAUAUACAGUCCGACACCUCCAGAAGCUAAUGGUGUAGGAACAAAUUCAAAUCUAUAGUUUGCUAUAUCAGGAUUAAAGUCAGAAAAUUUAUCAUCUCUAAUUUUUGUCUCGGAAAUACCUAUAACACUAAAGUUAUAGUCAAGUUGUUGUAAUAGGUGAGUUUGAAAAUUUUCCAAGUUGCGCCUCAAGCUCCUUACAUUGUUAUGUAACAACGAGAAACUCACAUCUAUAUUAGAAUUUAAUUGGGACUUAAGACUUGUAAAUUUAUGAGGUGAAUAAUAUUGAGAUUGGGAGAUCCGAUAAUUUGAAUUGAUAUCAGCAGUCACAUCAGAAUCUGUGUUAAGAUUGAAUAAGCCCAGAUCACGCAUACUAGGGUAUUUGUCAAGAUCCUUCAAUGUUGGAAGAUUUGUAGUUAUACUAUUAUUAAAGCUAGACUCAUAAGUAAUGUUCAUAUUAUAAAAUGGCAAUUCCUUAAGCAAUAAUUUAGUUAAUUGAGCGCUUCUUAUAUCAUUCACAGACAUUGUACGCAAUUUAAACACAACAAUUUACUUAGCUUAUGUUUACACAUGAUUUCCUUCCUCUAGUCGUUGAAGAUCCCCAAACUCUUUUAUCCUGAUUGCUCUCGAGGUGGCACUCUUUCUCAGAUAAACGGUUGAGUUCUUUGUCCAACAAUACUCGUAAGAGAAUUUCUCUUUAAAGGCCCUUGCUUCUACCAAAAUAUGUUGAUUUUUGGGAGUGAGAUGAUCAAAGAUACGGAUUAAUGGGCUUACUUUACUUGUUUCUCUUUUGUGCUUCAUUACACUCUCUUUCGAGUUUCGCCGUACAAACUUGCAAACAAUGGGGGCGGACGUAUCGUUAUUCCUUCUACUUGGGACAUGUGUCAGGCUCUAUUUGUAAAAUAGAGCCUGAUACUAGGCCUCGAAUUUCCCUGAAAUUAAUCGACGGCAAUGGCGUUAAAAAUUGCCGUAGAACGUAACAGCUGUCUACGGCAAUUUUGGCAGUUUCCACGGCAUUUUUUCAAGUUACUGUAACAAAAAGUUAAUUUUAUUGUUAAUAUAGUAAUUUAUUGAAUAGUAUAAAAAUUAUACUAUACGGCAAAAAAUUGCCGUCGUUUCCGCAAUGAUCCACGGCAUUUUGUACUCCCUCUACGGCAAUUGCCGCGAUAAAAUUCGAGCCCUGCCUGAUACUCAGGUUAGAUCGAUCGUGGCAUAGCCUCCUGCUCAGGCUCUUUCCUUGCAACCCUGGCGUUCAAAUGACAUCAUUUCACCAUCGGUAAAAUUUUUGUCCGACCGUAAAUGUGCUUGUCCGAUGGAUCCGAUCGAUCGAUCGGACCAUCUGACAUUUGCCACUUAGGCACUUACAUUGUGGCAUAGCCUCCUGCCCAGGCUCUUUACGUCGUAACCCUGGCAUUCAAAUGAUGUCAUUUCACCAUCAGUAAACGUUUUGUGCAUGUCCUUCCAACAUGCACACAAAAAAACAUUUCGAAAAUAUAACGGUCCAUCCUAUAUGUCAUGCCUGACUGUUGUAAUAGUCCUUAAUAUAUUAUAAAUUAAUAUCACGUUAUGCUAUCCAUGGAUAUAUUUGUCUACGUAUAUUUGUCCAUAGGACAAACUAUUCUCCGACGGUAGACAUGUUUGUCCAUCGAAUCAAUCGGACUCCGAUCGCGGAUAUUGGACAUCAAUCCGAUUGUCCGAUUGAAUAUUCGGGCUGUAUAAUAUAUCUGUAUCAUACUUCAUGAAGUAUCAAGUAUGUUAGCAGAUGGUGUAGAUGGAUGAGUUAGGCCCUCCCAAAUUCAGUUAUUUACCGAAGUUGGCAAUUUGGCACACUGGGACGCUGACUGCUGUCAUGAUUAUAUUUAUAAUUUAUAAAUGAUUCCUUUAUAAAUGAUUCCUUAUUCUGUUAUUUAGUUGUAGUGCAUUUCAACAUUUUGAAAUUCGAAUCAUUCCAUCCUGAACAACACGCCGAAAUACAAUUAGAUCAAAUUUCGGAAUGGCUGAUGUUUAUUGGUUAUUAUUGUGCCUCGUCAGAAAUGAACUUUCACCAUACCAAUGCCACAUUGAUUACACAUAACGGCUAAAAUUUGCGACGCUGCUGGCAUGUAUAAAUUUGAGACGCGCAUAUAAAAUUGCGGAUUUCCUGUGUCUCGCGACAUUUCUCGUUGAUUAAUCAGAUGCCAAUAUGCCAACAAAUUUUGCAACAUCAUGCCGUUUGAUUAGCAACAUUGACUGCAAUGACAAAACUUUUGUAAUUGUCUUGAUUAAACAUAUAUGGAAAUGAAAAUGCUCAGGCCUAAAAAUAUCUGUGGUUCCGGUUUCAUAUCGUGAAAAAAAUAGGGUAGGUAGGUCGGAAAUAAAAUGUUUUUGAAUAUUUUUUUCAUGGCUUUGGUGGAUUUUUGCUGGGCGAUAUUCAGUAGAGUCCCAACAUCAUUGUUAAGUAGAGAUGCAUAUUUCCUAUCGACGAAUUUAGGCAAUUUGGUUCAAUAAUUAUUGUGACAACAGAUGCCAUUUUGGCAUGCUGUUAUGUGUAUGAGCAGCCACCAACCUCCCGGAGAAAAUAGGAUUGCACGGUCAAUCCUGUUGCAAAAAUAAUUGGGUCGGCAGAAAAAAAUAGGGUCAGUCUGGAAACCGGAACCACAGGUAUUUUUUUAGGGCUUAGGUAGACAAAACAAUUGGAUACCACGUUUUGAUAUCUGAUAGGGUUGAGCUAAUUUACCAAUCUGAUAAAUUCCAAUCCAAUUUACCAUCUGGUUGGCCAAUUUAUUGGUUGUUGCCGAUAUUUGCUAACAGGAAUUCCCAACACUUGAAAUUGGGGCAAAAUGCUAGCAAAAAAUAUCAAGAGUUAAUCUCAUGCAGACCAGUAACAGAAAUGUCAUUAUGAUAGUUGAGAAUUGAAUUUACUCAACUUAGUAAUCAAUUUAUUUCGGUAAAAGUAUCCCGGUAAACGACUACUGUCGAUGCAAUGGAAGUGUUGAUAAAAUAUUGCAUGAAUUCAUUUCCUCAAGUUGAUCAAUUCAUACAAAUUCAAAUUUCUUUUUACUUCCUGUGCGUUUCCUAUUGGUCAAUCGGUUCUGAAACGAAAUCUAAUUGGCUCAUCUAAAAGUAACAGGAAGUUGAUCAAUUUUCUAUCAAAUGAAUUGAUCAACUUGAGGAAAGGAAUUGGUGCAAUAUUUUAUCAACACUUCCAUUGCAUCGACAGUAACGGCAUAAGUAAAUCUGACAGUCUCUUUCAAGGAAAUAAAUUAUAAAAGUAAAAUAUCACAAGUAAAAGCCAGAUUUAUAUUUAUCGGAUUGCUUAUAGAUGCCGAUAUAUGUUGAUCUGAUCUGUCCGAAAGUUGCCAAUUAUCGGCUUCUACCGAUUAAUUUCCAAUUAUCAGCUCAUCCCUUAUAUCUGGUAACCAAAAUUUGAAACUGCUAUCAUCAGGAUAUGAGGAUACUGCAAAUCUCACACCCCGGAUCCAUCUCCCCAUUUGAACAGGAAACAGUCUCUUCCCAAGAGGGUUGCAAAUCUCUUUCGGAACAACGCUUACGUUAAGUUCUUUAUUUUAAGGUGGCAGAACAGCAAAUGAUAUUGUAUCAUGGUUGGUGAAAAAAACUGGCCCACCUGCCAAGAGUUUAGAGACAAGUGACGAUGUGAAGAAAUUCAUUGAAGAAAGAGAAGUUGCUGUUGUUGGAUUCUUUGGGGAUGUCGAGUCAGCCGAGGCCAAGGCAUACACCAGUGCUGCUGAUGGUAUUGAUGAUGUUGAAUUUGGAAUUGUAUCAAAUGCCGACAUUGCGAAAGAAAACGAAGUUGAAGGAAAUGCUAUUGUUCUCUUCAAGAAAGUAAGUGCAGAAGAAGAAAAGACUUUCUACAAGUCCACUUAUAUUGUUUAGCUGCAUGGUUGAGCUCAAAUUUCUCAGGUUAAAGUGAGGAUUUUAGCGAUAGGGGGUUUGUUGGGUGGCCAAAAUUUACCGACUCAAAUUUUAGUUGGUGCAUAUUAGCGAGACGGAUUUAAGAACUGGCCAUGCAUUAUGAUCAAUGCCUUUUCCGUUUUAAUUACAGUAUGUCUUGUAUGAGUAAUCGAAACAGUUGUCCGGAAACAUUAAGAGGAAAUCUUAAAUAUUUUUGAGUUUGGAUUAAUACUGUCAUGUAAUUUUUUGUGCCAAGGUCCAAGGAUGCAAUUUCCUUGCUCUUGUUCACUCAGGAGCUUGCCCAUUUGUUGUUUUUGCCAGAGCUGUAAAUACUUGUUACAAUUGUAACAUGUUACUGUGUACUUGUUACAUUUGAAGUCAUUUUAACCUGUAAUUAAUUACGUUUUUAGAAAUGUGACGAAAAACGUAAUUAAUUACAAAAGCAAGGAACGUGUUCCUUUUCCAAGGAGCAAAUUGAAAAUCCUUUUCUUAUUCUGUUAAAAAUAAGAAAUAAAAAAUACAACUUUACAACAAAAAUUCAGAAAAAUGGCUGAAAUAAUUUUCAAUGAGAUCACAUGACAUGGUAGCCUACAUGAAGUACUAUUUAUUGCGAAAGUGGAACCACAAUUUGUUCCGAGGCUCAGAGCGCCAAAUAUUGGCAAAUAAAGUUUUAAGUUUACAUGCUUCGAUUUGCAUGUCAAAUGUUUUAAUAUAUUGAAAUAUCAUCUUGAUAAUUUCUUGCAAAUUUCAUAGUUUAUACCGUUUUUAUUUACAACUACUGUUUAAGAUAUUGCCUUAUAGUAUAUAUAGUAACAAUUUGCCAGUAAAGGAAUUGUAAUUAAUUCCUCUUUUCCGGAGUAAUUUUUUCAUUGUACUUAAUUACAUUUUAGAACAAGUAAUUGUAAUCAGGAAUUUAUUACAUUUUAAAGCAAGUAAUUGUAGUUGGAAUUAAUUCCUUUUUUAGUGGUAAUUUUGCAGCCCUGGUUUUUACUCACUUGUAUAGCAAGUCAAAAAAAAAUUUCAAUAUGAUUUCUUGCACUGGUUUGGUCAGCUGUAAAAAUUGGAACAUUUUGAAACUUUAAAAAUAUAUUUUUCCUACCUGGUUGACACAGAGUAUUGACCAAUGUUUAAUUAUCAUUUGUAUUUUUGUUUCUAGUUCGAUGAAGGUCGUGCUGCAUUCAGUGGUGAUUUUGAAUCCGAAGCGAUAGCAUCUUUUGUCAAUGCCAACAAAAUGCCAUUGGUUAUGGAAUUCACAGAUGAAAGUGCACCAAAGAUCUUUGGUGGUGAUAUCAAAGUUCACAUUCUAUUAUUUAUCAAGAAGAGUGCUGAAAACUUCAAAGAAGUCUUGGGCUUUUUCAGUGAUGUUGCCAAAGAUUUCAAGGGCAAAAUGUUGUAUGUUUACAUUGAUGUUGAUGUUGAUGACAAUAGCAGAGUAUCGGAAUUCUUUGGACUUACAAAAGACGAUGUACCUACUGUUCGUAUUAUCAAUAUGACUGAACAAGACAUGGCUAAAUUCAAACCAGAUUUUGAGACCAUUUCCGCUGAAACUCUAAGACAAUUUGCACAAGACUUUGUUGAUGGUAAACUCAAGGUAUGUGAAAAGUCAUUCAGUAUGUUAUCAUCAAUUUGAUCAUCAGGAAGUAUCUUUAUAUCAUUUUUUCAUUGAGCAACUGUUGUAAUAUCAAACAACAGCUUAAUUGGUUAAUAUAGUAAGUGAAAACUGUGUGAAAAAAGUGGAAAAAAAACAGAUUUAAUUAAUUAAAAAGGACACUACAGUACAGUUGUUGUGUACUCAGGUGAAUAUUGAUGUUUGUGAUAUUACUCUGAGUGUACAGUAUAUCCACACCGGGCGAGCUUGAAAAAUAUGCCCGGCCGGUGGGAAUAUUUUUCGAGCUUGCCCGGUGUGGAUAUAUACACUCAGAGUAACAUCACAAACAUCAUAUUCACCUGAGUACACAACAACUGACCGCAUAGCUCAGUUGGCAGAGCAUUAGGCUAGUAUUCCAAAGGUCGUAGGUUCAAUUCCCACCGUGGCCGGGCAUAUUUUUCAAGCUCGCCCGGUGUGGAUAUACACUCAGAGUAACAUCACAAACAUCAUUGGUUGAUCGGUUUUCAAAAAACAUUGUUUUCUUCCGAUUAAUCACCUCACCCUAGUUUUGCUAUGUUUAGGUUUGGUUUUAAAUGGAUUCAAUCGGAUUUGGGAAUUUUGAGUUUAGUCCAAUGUGACCUUCUGAUCCAUAGUAUAUGCACACAAUUGUGUAAUGACAUGUAGCUAAACGUAAUCCAUAUUUUAUUUAGCCACACAGAAUGUCAGAAGAUUUACCAGAAGACUGGGACAAAGAGCCUGUCAAGGUUCUUGUUGGAAAGAACUUCCAAGACGUUGCUUUAGACAAGACAAAGAAUGUCUUUGUUGAAUUCUGUAAGUGUUUUAUUAUCAUAAUGUGUGUUAAAUUGGUUUGAUCUGCAUCAGAGACUGUCUGACAAUCAGUGUAGAUGCAACAAAAAACACAGACGAUCGAAUAUGUAUAAAUUAGUUAAUCUUGAUGGAUGAUGUCUAUGUGAGUAAAAUAGGCAUGACAUUAGACAUAUCUAGGCAUUAGACUUUUGUCCCCCAUAACAAUUUGUGUCUGCCAACUGUCAUCUGCUCUCAUCCACUUUGACCGGCCCUUUAUUGUUACAGCUUUGUUACACAGUUAUUCAGCAUGUACACUACGACAGAUCUGCCGUUUACACUGCAUGUAACACUGCGAGAGGCCUCCCGUCAAAUAGAUGUGAGCAUCUUGACGGAUUCUUGUCUUGUCUGACAGAGGUUAUGUGGGAAGAAGGCACAUAUCUUUGUCCGUCAACACUCGCAUUGAAAGCACCUUGCUACAACACCAUUGGUUUUCCUUGGUAAUAUUUUCCCCACAAUACGAACUAUCUGUUAAAACAUCUAAAAGUUAUAAUAAAUAUAAUGGUGACCCAUGCUCGACCGAAAAUCGAGCACGAAAAAGGACCUUCCAUCUUUGACAUCUUGCAACUAAAUAAUAAUAAUCAUAUUUAUCCAGGAUACCCACAUCACAUGCAUGUUUUUCAGUGGGGUCCUGUAGCAAAAAUACAAUCAUUUACAAUAUUGUCAAUAUUUAAACAGUAUAAAUAUAAUACUUUUAAUAAUAAUAAUAAUACUUUUAAUCAAAAACUUUUUGAAAAUAAUUUUGAAACAAAUGAUAGCGAUAUUACAUGCCAAUCAUUUUCAAGUUAUAGUAAUUACAUAUAUUGCGUUGAUUUUGAUUAAACCGUUCGUGUCACGUUAGCAAAUUAUUGCGUAAUUUCCAUUUUGUGGAAGUUAUUAAUAAAGAAAUAAGCGAAAUUAAAAUAAAUUCAGUCGCAAAAGACUUAUGUAAAAAUACUAAAACAAUGAUUCGCCUUCGGCAAAUAAUUGUUAAAUACUGUACACAGAGUAACUACGUUGGUAGGAAGGGAUCAAAUUCAGAACAGAUGCUUAAUAUAACAUGUUUGAUUCUCAGAUGCUCCGUGGUGUGGUCAUUGUAAGCAAUUGGCUCCAAUCUGGGAUAAAUUAGCUGAGAAAUUCAAAGAUGAUGAUAGUAUUGUUAUUGCCAAGAUGGACUCAACCAAGAAUGAAAUAGAUCAAGUUCGUGUCGAUAGUUUCCCAACUCUCAAAUAUUUCCCUAAAGAUUCUGACGAGGUAACUGCACUUGUAUGGAUUUUAGGUUUAAAGCUGUAAGCUACUGUACAAAUUUUUUUCUUUAAAACUUUUAUUCAAUGCCAUGGUCUUACUGUGUCCACGAAAAAUAGUUGCCACACUCCCGGAUUUUUUGGACGGCCAGUUUGACACCCUGGUUGAAAGCCUGGUUGAUAUUGUAAUUCUUCGGCUCAUCAGAAAAUGUCUAGUGUACGGAUUGAUCCCAUCCUCGUUCCCAGGGCCUCUACACGGAACCGGAAGUGCAAGAAAAUUUGCAGUAGCUUCUAAGGCGUAUACUCUUGAAUUUUGUCUCUUUAGCACCAGUAACAAUUUUCACAGAGAAGUAUUAGAAAGUAACGAAGUAUUUGUGUCGACAUAUUUUGAUAGAAUUUUGCGUAGCGUAAACUGCUCAACUUCUGCGGAAUAGCAAUUCUCUGAGUAGCCAAUCAUAUCUCCAUUUAUUUGUCUAACCCACAGCCUAAUUUUCAACGAGUGACCGA